GGGGCAGCCCAAAGUUCCCUCAAAUUGGACAACUAAAAGGACCAAACUCCGAAGACAAAGAUCGCGUGUUCCGACUUCUGAGUAACAUUCAGUUUCACUUCACUCACUCUGCUCUUCACUCCUUCUCUCUCUCUCUCUCUCUUCUCUCCAAUCUCGACGCUGCUAAGGUUCUUCCGUCGCCGGGAAUAGAGAAUCAUUCGUGCUGUUAUGUUCAAUGGCACCCCUCCACAAAAAAUCAAAGCCCAAAAAGAAGACCAAGAAGUUCAAAAAACACAAACAGGUGAGCCUGGUCCCUGUUGAGCCCAGAACCAGUGAGACCGAUUGGUGGGACUCUUUUUGGCACAAGAAUUCUACUGCCCCAGGAUACUCUGUACCUGGUGAUGAGGCAGAAGGGUUCAAGUAUUUCUUCAGGGUGUCAAAGGCUACUUUUGAAUACAUAUGUUCCCUUGUGAGGGAGGAUCUCAUAUCAAGGCCUCCAUCAGGACUCAUCAACAUAGAGGGAAGGCUUCUUAGUGUUGAGAAGCAGGUUGCCAUUGCCCUUAGAAGGUUGGCAUCUGGUGAGUCUCAAGUCUCAGUUGGAGCUGCAUUUGGGGUUGGGCAGUCAACAGUGUCUCAGGUGACUUGGAGAUUCAUAGAAGCGCUGGAGGAACGUGCCAAGCAUCAUCUCAAUUGGCCUGAUUUCAACAGAAUGCAGGAAAUCAGGCAAGGUUUUGAAGCAUCAUUUGGGUUGCCUAAUUGCUGUGGAGCCAUUGAUGCAACUCACAUCAUGAUGACCCUUCCGGCUGUCCAAACCUCGGAUGAUUGGUGUGAUCAAGAGAAGAACUACAGCAUGUUGUUACAAGGGAUUGUUGAUCAUGAAAUGAGAUUUAUUGAUAUAAUGACAGGUUUUCCUGGGGGCAUGUCAUUUUCCAGAAUGUUGAAGUGUUCGGCGUUUUACAGACUAUCAGAGAAUGGAGAGCGUUUGAAUGGAAAUGUGAAAACAUUAGGUGGAGAUGUUAUGAGAGAAUAUGUGGUUGGUGGGUGCUGUUAUCCUCUUCUUCCAUGGCUGAUGACUCCUUAUGAAACUAACGGGGCUAAUGGGGUAUCAGUUUCACAAUCUAGUUUCAAUCACAAUCAUGGAGCUGCAAAGCUACUUGCUGUGAAGGCAUUCUCACUGUUAAAGGGAAGUUGGAGAAUCCUGAGUAAGGUUAUGUGGAGACCUGAUAAGAGGAAAUUGCCCAGCAUUAUAUUGACUUGUUGUUUGCUCCAUAAUAUAAUCCUGGACUGCGGAGACACCUUACAACCAGAUGUUGCCUUGUCUGGUCAUCAUGAUUCUGGAUAUCAAGAACAGUGUUGCAAGCAAGUUGAUCCUUUGGGGAGGACGAUGCGAGAUAAUUUGGCCAAGCAUUUACAACAGGAGUGUAAUUAGAUGUUGAUGGUAGUUCUGAUGUUACCUUUGUACAUCUGAUUUAGAAUUUGAAUUUUGGCCUCGGCAUUUUGUUCAACUUAACUGAGUUUUCCCCCCUCUUGGGUUGGGAUUUGGGAAUUGGGAUGUUAUCCCCUUGUUUUUGGUUACUAUUAAUUAAUUAUCAUCGAAAGAAAUAUU